CUAAUUUUCCCUUUUUUUCUAAAAAAACCCAAAUUUCCCCUCUUUCACAUAACCAAAACCUAAUUGUACAUCUCAAACUACCAUCAAACAUCCUUCACUCUUGCUCGAUCUCUAUCAAACUGCUCUACCGCUUCAACUUUAGAGGUUCAAAUCGUUGGCUACGAGGCUGCUUAAGUGGUAAACUGUGUGUAACAAUAUCCCCAUACUUGCGUACCAUAUGUUCCCAUGUCUCUCACACACAACGCUUGAUCGAUAUCGGUUUAUUCAACUAUCCGACCGGGAGAUCGUCUCCACAGUUCGAAUAGGGUGAUGUAAUUGCAAUUUGAUUUCAGGUUUGAUUCCGUAACUGAAUGCAAUAGUCACCGAUUUAGUAACCCUAUAUGAAACAAAAGUUUGGUUAUGUGGUUUUCAAGAAUGCGAUUGGAAGUUUUGUUUUCAGUUGUAUUCGUUAAGUUAAAUAGGCUUUAGGGUUUUAAAGCUAAAAAAGUGUCUAGAAUGGGCCUUUUUCUGUGAUAAUAUAUGAAUUGGUGUGACUAUUACAUUCAAAUCGAUGUCAUACCCUAGUGAAUUUGCUUGACUUCCUUAAUUCCACGUUUACUAAACUGGUAGUCUAUAAGUUAAGAUGCUUAACCUUUUAAAUUCAAAAUUUAAGAGUUAAGCUGGUAGACAACUGUGAUAACUAUGGUGGUAUAUUACUGACAGCAAUAGUGAGUUAUUGUUCUUACUGCAAAGAGUUAUCGACAACAUGUAUUUGAAAGAUGAGUUAACUGCACAAGGAUAAUGUGCCUUUCCAAAUAUUGGACCAUGGCCGGUGGUCCUUCCCGCCCACCCGCAGGGCCGCCCCUGGUGAUUGAUUAUACUAUUAGACUGUGGGGUGUGGGGCGUUGGUUGGGGUGGCGGUUUGGGUUCAACGCCGGCUGCUCCACCCCGGGCAAGUGUUGGGCAUGGCGUUGCCCCUUUGGCGUGGGGCGGGGGUGGGGGUGGGUGACCUGGCUGGCUUUGGUUGGUUGGUUCAACAAGGAGAACUAUAUUGGAGUGUGUGGUUUUGGUAAAGUUUAUAAAGGAGAAGUGUCUCACUCUGAGGGGCGAGGCAUUGUCGCUAUUAAGCAUUUGGAUCAUGCCAGUCAACAAGGAGCACCUGAGUUCUUGAAAGAGUUGACCAUGCUUUCUGAUUAUAAGCAUGAAAAUGUUAUCUCACUUCUGGGAUUCUGUUGUGAAGGGGGUGAGAUGAUCCUGGUGUAUGAGCUUGCAUCUUGUGGAAGCCUUGACCGCUAUUUAAAGUCCCCUUAUCUCACUUGGAGGCAACAUUUGUCACUGCUGAUCUCGGGCUAUCAAUAAUAGGGUCAGCUAAUGAGCAGCACUCACUUAUUGUCACUGCCGCAGCAGAUACCGGGGGGUAUAUUGAUCCAGUAUACUGGAUGAUGAACACCCUAACGAAAGAGUCAGACGUAUACUCUUUCGGAGUGGCCUUAUUCGAAGUUUUAUGCGGGAGGUUAUGUUAUACACUUGAUAACAAGGGUCAUGUGGUUAAGGAGAUUCUCACAUGGAUUAAGAGCUAUGAACAAAACAUGUUAAAUGAUAUAAUUUUUGAUAAUCCAAACAUUAAACCAAUGCAUCAAAGUGUUUUAAAAAGAUUCUCACGCAUUGCAUAUCAAUGUUUGAAGGAAUCUCGUGAAGAUCAGCCAGAGAUGUCUGAAAUUGUCACAGAACUUGAGAGUGCCCUUAAUAUUCACGAAUUACUCCAAAAUGAAUAGUUUAUAGGUAAAUGGAACGAACAAUUUCAUGAGUACCAACAGAUGAUUAAGACUGCAAAACCUCCUCUGAACUACAAAUCCAAAGAUGAAAUGAUGAUUCUUAUGUCCAAAGGGGUUCUGCUUAAUGUCGGCAAAACUUGGUUUUCAUUGAAUAAGAAGGGAGAACGCUGUGAGAUGAUAUCUAUUGGAGAAUGUUUGGGUUCAGGUGUACAGAGUUUUAGAUUCUCGUCUAGAUAUAAUUCAAGAUUUGCUGUGGACACUUACUCAAUCUAUACAGAGAAUGAUUUCAAAAAAAUUCUACAUGUAGGAACUCAGUUCUUGUCUCCGGGAAUCACAUACACGGUGAACCUGGUGUUCAAGUUUUCUAGAGAAGGGAAGAGAAGAAGGGAACCUAUAUUCCUCAAAUACAGAUUACAAGGGGAGAGAGAGAGUUCAAUUUCAUACCUUGCAUAUGAUAGAGAAGAUGGAUGGUGGGCAUGUGACUUGUAUCAGUUUACUUAUAACUACAGAAUUGUUCAUUUUCAGAUUUUGUUUGAGGGCUAUGAUAAUGGAGAUUCCUUAAAAGUAGAAGGCAUAGAAUUCCAACCCUUGGUGAACGUAGAACAUGUUGAUGAGAAGCAACUCAUAUCAGAUACAGAUUCAGAUUCAAAUUGGGAAGAAAAACUGCCAGCUGAUUAUGAAGACAUAAUGGAAAGGUCAGAAAAUAGCCUGCAAUGGACAGCCAAGGAGGAGGCCUACUCAAUUAUUCGCAAAGGCUUCUUUAUCAGUGUUAAAAAAAAGAAAGAGAAGCAUUUGGUUUUCUCUUGACAAAAAUGGGAAGAAGUGUCAUAUGCUAUCAGCAGCUCUCAUAUGGCAUUGGGAAAAAAAGUGUUAUCACCUGAAUCAAGAUUUGGAGAAGCAAUUCAGUGGGGGGAUAAUAGCUAUAUUUUUUUUUAUCAAGACUAAUGUCCAGUCCUAACUAGUAUGGAGAAUGUGGCUGUCAUCUAUUUGAUUGGUAUCUACAAUAGGUUGACUUGGUGGGAGUCAAUUUAUAGUGGCAAGUAGCUGACUCGCAACAGGAUGAUGGGAGUUAGGGGUAUAUUUUGAGAUCACAAGGUUAUGUUGACCAAGAUGAUGAAUAUGAGGGCAUGGACCUAAUUGCAUCUGCAAAUAAUGAUGAGAUCCAACAGGAGGAUAGCCAUGAUGAUGCACAAGUUCAAGAUCAAUUACAUCGCCCAAAUUAGAAAAAGAAAUAGGCUCGGCUUAACUACAUAUACCACGAUUUUAGCUUUU